GGCGGCACUGACUGGCACUGUUAGGCGGCACUGAUAGGCGUCACUGAUGGGCACUGAUUGGCAUUGCAUAGGUGGCACUGACUGGCACGGAUGGGUGGCACUGAAAGGCAGCUCAGAUGGGCACUGAUAUGUGGCAUUGAUGUGCACUGGUAGGCACUGAUAUGUGGCAUUGAUGUGGCACUGGCAGGUGGCACUGAUGAGCACUGACAGGGCUACACUGAUCAUCAGGGCACACUGGAGCUUUCAGCGUGACAGCUCGAGAGGAGAGAAAUGCAGAUAUCCGGCAUUUCCCUGUUUACAUGUGAUC